AGUCCCCUUCGGAGUUCCGACUGCAACCUUGAGUCAGUGAUUCGUACGUCCCGCUCAUUCAUCAAUGUCUCGCCGCAGCCAUAACGAAGGCGGUGACCAGGAGCUCUCCACCGGCGAGGAAGACGAUGAAGAUGAUGUGUUUGAUGAGGACAUGGAAGCCCUCCGGCGAGCCUGUAGGCUUGUUGGAGCUAAUCCCGAAGAGUAUAAUAAUCCUCCCUUGUCUCCUACCGCCGGAGCUGGCUCGUUCGGCGGUAGCAAACCUGGCUCUGAUUCUGAUGAUGUUGAUGAUCUCGAACUUGUUCGGAAUAUACGGAACCGGUUCUCGAUUGCGGCCGAUGAUGAGGACCAGGCUUUGUCUCUGCAUCCGUUGAGUACUCUCCCACCGGUGUCGCCGGACGAGGAGGAGGACGAUUUCGAGACGCUUCGCGCGAUUCAGCGGCGGUUUUCGGCGUAUGAAAGUGAUGCUUUGAGCAAUAAUCUCGAUCAGUCUUGUGACUUUGGUGGGCCUCUAGAGAUGGAUUCCAACGAAACAGAUGUUGGGAGACAGACUUCCUCAGGAAGGUCGUCUAUGCUAGCCCUUGAAAAGGGAAAUUUGCCUAAGGCUGCAUUGGCAUUUAUUGAUGCAAUCAAGAAGAAUAGGUCUCAGCAGAAGUUUAUUCGAAGUAAGAUGAUUCACCUUGAAGCUAGAAUUGAGGAGAACAAAAAGCUUAGACAACGUUUCAAAAUUCUCAAAGAUUUCCAGAGUUCAUGUAGAAGGAGAACAGGUUAUCAACUGUCUCAGAUGAUUGAUCCUCGAGUCCAGUUAAUUUCAGCACAAAAACCACAGACUAAGGAUUCAUCAAAGAAGGACAAACAGUUAUCUGCAAUGUAUUAUGGCCCAGCUGAGAAUUCUCAUGUUGCAUGCUACAGAAUGGCAUUGACAAAGUUUCCACUUUCAGUAAAUCGAAAAAAAUGGUCCAAUGUAGAAAGGGAGAAUCUUGGGAAGGGAAUAAGACAGCAAUUUCAAGAAAUGGUUCUUCAAAUUUCAAUGGAUCAAAUCAGCAGUGGGCUACAAGGAUUUUCAGCAGAUUCAGAUGAUCUGGAUAACAUUUUUGCAUCAAUAAAAGAYCUUGACAUUACUCCUGAGAGGAUUAGGGAAUUUCUGCCAAAAGUAAAUUGGGACAAAUUGGCUUCCUUUUAUCUUGGGGGUCGCUCAGGUGCAGAAUGUGAAGCCAGGUGGUUGAAUUUUGAAGAUCCUCUAAUUAAUCGGAAUCCAUGGUCUACAAGUGAGGAUAAGAAUCUUUUGCUUACUAUCCAACAGAAAGGGCUGAAUAACUGGAUUAACAUAGCAGUUUCAUUGGGUACGAACAGAACUCCUUUUCAGUGCUUGUCUCGGUAUCAAAGGAGUUUAAAUGCUUCCAUAUUAAAGAGGGAGUGGACCAAAGAUGAGGAUGAUAAACUCCGAUCUGCUGUUGCCGUUCUUGGUGUAGGAGAUUGGCAGGCAAUAGCUUCUACUUUGGAAGGACGAGCUGGUACACAGUGCUCUAAUAGAUGGAAAAAAUCCCUUGACCCAGCUAGGACAAAAAGAGGCGCGUUCACUCCAGAUGAAGACAAUCGCUUGAAAAUUGCCGUACUGCUUUUUGGGCCUAAAAAUUGGAACAAGAAAGCAGAAUUUGUACCUGGUCGAAAUCAAGUUCAAUGCAGAGAAAGAUGGUUCAAUUGUUUAGAUCCUUCCUUGAGAAAGUGUGAAUGGACAGAAGAGGAGGAUUUAAGGCUCGAAAUAGCAAUUCAGGAGCAUGGAUAUAGCUGGACAAAGGUAGCUGCAUGUGUGCCUUCACGUACAGAUAAUGAGUGCCGGAGGAGAUGGAAGAAGUUAUUCCCCAAUGAAGUUCCCUUGCUCCAGGAAGCUAGAAGGAUUCAGAAGGCUGCUCUUAUUAGCAACUUUGUUGAUAGAGAAUCAGAGCGUCCUGCUUUAGGUCCUACUGACUUUCGACCUAUACCCAAUACAAAUUUAUUAUGUAAUGCGGAUGAUCCAAAUCCUGCCCCAAAAAGAAAUGUCAAGCCGAGGACACGAGUGCCAAGGAAGGAAAAGAAUGCUACUGGCGAUGCUCCAAAGAGGAGGAAAUCAAAUAACCAUAGCAAUCAAGCUAAUGGAGCAACUGAGCAGGUAUCUAAAAAACCUCAAAGAAGACAAAAUAGAAAUGGAGCUUAUACUGCUAAGAGGAAAGGGGUUCUGGAGCCACGUCCUAACAAUGAGAAAUGUGCUGAACAAAAUUUGGAAACUGAGAGCCUCGAGGUGCAGCUGAAUAGUAGCGUAUCAGGGAGGACCAACAGUGAGUGCCCCGAGAUUGUUUAUGAGAAUGGUAUGGAGGAAUGUGAGAACAAAGUGGCAGAGAAGCUUUCUAAAAGUGAUUUAUUCUUUYCAGAACAGGAAGAAURUCAGAACUCGACAGGGUCUUCUGGAGUGUCAGUAUUGUCAGAAAUGAUGAACGACAUGGACGAGUAUAAUCCCUCUAUCCUUCCAGACACAGCACCGUUGGCUUGUACUACUGGGGAUGACGAUAUAACGGAAAGGAAGGACACAAGGGUUGCAGACACGGAUCUGGUUGACAGUAACAGUUUCUCGUUACCGCAUGGUUGCUUAGGACUCAGGACUAAUGACAGUGAAGGCGUCGAUAGCUGUUCUGUCGGUGAAACUACAGAUAAAAGCGAUAUGGUUUAUAAGCACCAAGGUAGAAGGAGGAGAACUAAUCAACCAAAGAAGGAGCUGGAGAGAUCAGCGAACAAGGAGCUUCAUCCUCAUAACCAACCAAAGAAGCGAAAGCAUAACAGCACAUAUACAAGUGAGUCGGGAACAUUGGAGCCAGUCGAAGAAGCAGAUGACUGCACUCUCCAAGGCUUUCUGCAAAAGAAAUUGAAGAAGACAACCACUCAUAAAAGGAAAUUUGAUGGCGGUUCUAGCGAUAAACUAGAAGUUGAAAGCAAUGGUAAUGAUACUACUAUCGCCUCGUUUCUCAAGAAUAUAUCGAAGAAAAAGAAGCAUAAAAGCUCCUAAUGGUGGUGGGUGAUGUUAUUUAGCCAUCCUGUUCGGCGGAGCUCGGAAGCAGAAGCAGAUUGAUGAUGGAAAGCUGUACAAAUAUUAGGCCAAUGGUGAGAGCGAGUGUACCAAAUAAAGCUCAGAGGCCGCAGAAUAGUUAAUUCCACAGCUAAAGGAUUUGAGUUUUAUGGUUGACGUUGACGAAUUUUUGGUUUGUGAUGUAGCUGAGAGGUUUAGUGAUUUUGUCUGUGUCAAAAGUCAUUUUUUGCGCUAAUUUCCUUUGUCAACAUUUUCACAAGCGAGCAAAUUUUGAUGAGUUGCCCGGUAGUGAUAAUCUUCUCUUUGUAUAUUUCUCGCCUUAAAUGAAAUCAGAGGAUGUGUAUAGGCCUUUUUACCU